AUGGGACCCCACUACGCUUCAAGUGCCCUUCUUCUGCUUCUCUUGAUAGUGGUGUCCUCUGCCGACCCUACGGCACCACCUGAAGUCGGGCGUCUCGUCCCUACAGGAACGGAGCUCCGGAGAGACGAGCGAACGGUCGAAAGCGCGUCGAAAGAAGACCUCUUCGACGACGUGGACCCAAAAACUCUGGCCGCCCUUUUACUGGGGUCCCUCAAUCGCACGCGGCCAGAAACCAGGAGGGAAGAAGAUGAACGUGAGGAACGGGACAGAGACGGGCGACUGAAGUUGGAGCUUCUGAUGGCCGCCCAAGGGAAGGAAGAGAGGAAGAAAGCUGAGGAAGAAGAGGAAAAGAUGACCGAAAGGGUGAGCAGUCGCACCACCAGCCAAACGCUCCAGGUCCAGAGGGAACCAACGCCCGAGCAAAGCGUCGAGGAGGAGCAGCUCAACCCGGAGGAACUGAAGAAUCUCGAGACUGUGAUGAAGGAAUUUCCUCGCUUGGACACGGCGGUGAAAAGAGCGGAGGUUUCCGAGCCCGACCAGAGGACGAGUCGGGGCUACAGCAGCUUCAAUGACAUCAUCCCCUUGAACAAAGGCAACAACGUGGCCAUGUCCAAGAAGAAACUGAAAUGGCAAGAGGAGACACAGAAGGCCAUGAACGUUCCGUCGUUCAGAGGAAAAUUCGAUGACUGGAAAGAUGGUGGGGACAUCGAUGACCAAGAGGAAGAAGAGGAGCCCUUGAGUCCAGAGGAAGAGGAAGCCCGAGCCAAAGCCGAGCAAGAGGAGAUGAGGAGGCAGGCGGCGGAGGUGCAGCAAGCCAAGCUGGAGGAAGAGAAGUUGGCCGACAUCGCCUCGGACAUGCUUCUGCGCUACAUGGUCAAGCAAAACGGAGGCAAGUACGCGCCGUCGUCUCCGGAUGCUGCUGAGGACAAAAGGUCAGAGGAAGAGCGGGAGGACGACGACAUCGACCCUCAGACGAUCGACAAGCUGAUCGAGAUCUCCAGCAAGCUCCACCUGCCCGCCGACGACGUGGUGGACAUCAUCAGCGACGUGGAGAAGAAGAAGAAGAAAGACGCCAGCCCGCACGCCAGUUUCCCGGAACCUGACGACGCUCCGCUCCGCUCACCUGUCUCUAAGCAACCAUCCCUCAAUCUCAUGAAAAACUGGUUUCAGGAGCAAACGCCGAAGGAGCUUUGGAGCAAUCCUCCACCGCAACCAUACUCGUGGCUUAAAUCGCCGAAGAAACCCAUCCCUUGGGGAUGGAGUCGCUACCCCUACACGCAGCCCCUCUUCUACCCAGUUUACUACCCUCCACCUCGUCCCUCGUUCCGCUACUACAUCCCCAAAGCCGGCGUGGCCUCGGACGCCUUUCUGCCCCGCUCCCGGGACGGCGCGUACGCCGCCUUCCGUCCCAAGCAACGCUACCUCAACUGGGUGCAGCCCCUUUUGAGAAAGCCCCCGGUUCCCCUCCAGCGCAAACCCUACUACCCCAGAUACCGCCUCCCAUACCCGCAGAGGCUCCGCCUGCCACAGGAGCAGUUUUAUAAAGGACUCUUAACAGACAAUAAAUCUCACUUGGAGAAAUACAUUGAGCAGCUACUGGCAAAGAGACCGCGGGCGUAG